AUGAAUCGAAAACCCAUCUCAUCUCGGUUCCCCUUGUGUGAGAAUGAUCUGGAAUUGUUAAGACAAAGUAAGAGAAGCAUUAUAGAUUCUUUGAGGCAAUCAGUAAAGCAUUAUGGAUCCUAUAAGGUUUCUUCCAAUAAUUUUGAAAUUUUUAUGCAAAGGGAAACUAUCAAACAGUUAGAAGACUACAAGGAAUUUUUCGAAAAAGCUCAAGUGAUUGUCAAUCAUCAUGAACACCAAACGGAUAAGUCUUUGAAUGAAACAAAGAUGGAACUUACACAAAUAGCUCAAACUUAUGGGAAAUCUACUGAUCCAAUGUCAUCAUAUCUCUUUGGGCAACGACUCGUCGAUACAUAUUUCCAACACAUAUACAAGGAGAACAAUGCUGUUUCUGAAGAAGAGGAUGUCGACGAUAUCAUGAGCAACGUUUCAGCUUUGAGUUCCAACUCAGGUCUCGAAUUGUUUAGUUUGAAGCCAGUUUUGAAGAUGAGUAACAAUAAUCAUCCUGAACACUAUCUCAGAAAAUUGAAUGAUUUUAAAACGUUCAUACAUGAAAUUAUUGAUAUUAAAGAUGAAGAUAAGGGCUUGGAGCAAUUUCUUAUCAAUGUACAUUUCGAAAAGUUUUCAAAGUUGAAUAAUGAAGGCAUGAAACAACGAGAGAAGAGAGAUUUUCAAAAAUUAAUCAAGACUAGUUUCGUAGAAAAGUAUGUUUUAGAUGGAUUUGAUGUUCUUUAUGACGAGAUUUCUACAGCCGUAAAUUUAAAUUCAGCUACUCAUCUGAAUACAGAGAAUCCUCGAUGGUUUGAUCAAUUCAUGGCAUUAUGGAAAUAUGAUGUUUAUGAUGAUUUGAAGGUGGGGGAAGAACAUUUCAUAACGCUAUCGGAAAGUGAUUAUAAGUUCAAGAUUUAUUCAGACCCAGGAUUAGUAGCAUUUCUCAUGAAUUUGAAUAAGUUUUAUGAUUAUCUUAUCUUGUUACAACCAGGUAGACUGGAAAAGUACUUGUUUAAUGAUUUUUAUCUCGAUUCUGAAGAGGAAGAAUUAGCAAACAUUAUGGCAGAUUUUUCCCAACAAAAAGUGUUUGGUAGAAAGUCUCCCAAAUUGAUCAAAUUCAAUGAAGAAAUUAAUGUUCGACUCUUCAAUGUGUUUGACCCAGUUCAAGUUACGAUCGAUUCGCCUUCUCAGAGGUUGAGUUCCGAUGACGAAAAUUGA